UCCCAUCAAUUCCAAACUGGGUCUCCAUAACAUAUCCAUCAAAGACACUGCUAGAGAAGUCGAGAAAUGGACAGUCGGUUUCAUUCUUGCUUCGAGGAGUGGGUCCGAGAGCAGGAGUCGGACCUGAAUGAGCUGCAGGAGGUCAUGCAAAGCGAGAGAAGGGAGAAUGAUGCACAGCUGAGGGAGUUGGUGGAGAAGAGCAUGAGGCACUACAAGGAGUACUCCGACAAGCGGCGCCUGCUGGCGAGGGAGGACGGGCCUACCAUCUUCUGCCCGCCGUGGUGCACCGCCUUCGAGAAUUCCUUCCUCUGGCUCGGCGGCUGCCGCCCAACCCUGUCCAUCCGCCUCCUCUACGCCAUCUCCGGCUACGAGCUCGAGGCCCACCUCGACGACCUCCUCGCCCCCGGCGGCGCCGCCGCCUCCAUCCGGAGAGGCCUGGUGGGUCUCUCCCCAGCCCAGCUGACCACGGUCAACGACCUCCAUUGCCAAACUUUGAAGGAAGAGGACAGGCUGUCCUCCAAGAUGGCCACGCUGCAGGAGGACGUGGCGGACAAGCCGCUGCUGCCCAUCGCGACGGAUCGAGCAAGCAGGAGAGCGGAGAGGGCCGAAGGGAACGGAGGGCACGGGGUGGUAGAGGCGGCGAUGAAUGUGUACGCAGAGAAGCUGGCGGGGAUGGUGGAGGAGGCGGACAUGCUGAGGGUGGCGACUCUGAGGACUCUGGUGGUGGAGAUACUGACCCCGCUGCAGGCUGUGGAGCUCCUGGUGGCAGCGAAGCAGCUCCACCUCUCCGUUCGCCAGUGGGGCCAGCGGAGGGACCUCCACCGCCGCCAACGAGGCUGAGCCGAGCCUCGUGUAUUAUUACUACUAUAUACCGUACGUCGUAGGGGUGAAUACGUAUAAGAUGUCAUAUGCUAUAUGCUACUGAAAUGGAAAGGCUAUAUAUAUCCUCUGUGUGUGUGUGUGUGUGUGUGAGAGAGAGAGAGAGAGAGAGAAAGUUGGUAUGACUACUGCGAGUUGGUUCCGGUCGUAUCUUUCGCGCAAAAGAAUGAUUGAUCUCAGUAGUUUUAUCCUACUAGCAAGGGAUGGAGAGCGAGAGAUGAUGGCGUGACAACUUUAAUGUGAAAAAAAUAGUUUGUCCAUUGUAGUACUAGUA